AUGACGCCUGUGGGUCAAGCGCAUGGCGUAGGCGUCACCAACUUUUCCAGCGAAUCUCAUGAACAGCUUGAUGCGGUAAUACAGCGCUUGCAGAGCCAUCCAGACGCGGUGCCACCGUCUGGGCCGCCCGUGAAGCGGCGACUCAACCUUUCAACCCCGCCGAAGCCACAACGCAAAUCGACAGCUCACGGCAAUCACAAAAUUACCCAAUUUUUAUCUAAAGCAAAAUCUCAAAGCGCACGUUGUCUUGACGCGGCACUUGCCGCAACAACACCAGAACCGCACGACGACCGUGGCGCCGAUGACGACAACAGUGACGGAGCGCUCUCCAAGCACGGCGCAGGGCUACCGUCUCGGUUGGAGCGAAUCCUAAAUGUGCAGCAGCAGCAGCCGGCAGGGGACGCCAGAGGACAGCUGGGUGGCUGUGAAGAGCAGCAGGAUGAAUCCGCGGACCCCACUGAGGACGCGUGGGUGGACGAGGAGGAGGAGGAGGAGGCGGCGGCCUAUGACCGGCCCAUAAUGGCACGUAGGUGCCCGUGGGAACCGGGGACCGUAUGGGUUGCUAGGGCUGGUCGUGCAGAUGCGCAGCAGUCCACGACGGCGCUGCAUCCGGCUUUUGCGGCAGCAAGGCGCUUGGGGGAGCCUGAACCAGUCCCGAAGCCGGGGGACCGCCGGGCUGCGGGCUCGGGGAGCGGCGCCCGCAGAGACAUAUGGGAUCGCAUCAACGAAGGCGGCAGCGACAGCGGUAGUGGCAGUACCGGUAGCGGUAGCACAGCAGAGCAGUGCAGCGACUCAGGGUCAGGGGAUGAGAGCGCGUUGGCGGACGACGGGGAGGAAGAGCACGAUCCGGCCAUCGACGGCCUGCGAGGGCCCCACCGGGGGCCUGGUGUAGCGGCAGCGCUGCGGACACGGCACGUGGCCGGGCGGCAGGGUGUCGGCAAGCGGGACACGGUUGCACGACGCGCAGCUGGUAACGGCCAUCGCGGCGCUGCCGAAGAAGAUGGAGCUCUUCACGGCCGCGGCGGUAAUGAUACUGGCCGUCCAGUCCGUGCAGCGGCGGCGAAAGCCAUGCAGAAGAUGAAGAUGGGAGCUGACGCCGGGUUGAGGCGCUCCCCCUCAGGGCCCGUCGUAGGUUCUGACGCCCCGAACCCCUGCCUCAGCGCGGUGACUGCUUGCGUUGCUGACGCUGACGGCGGCAGCUUAAGGCAGGCGUCCAAGUCGUUGGAUGCCGCACUAGCCAUGGCCGGUGCUGCCGCCGUUCUCAAGGGAGACGGGGACGACGCCGACAUUACUCCGGAGCACCCAAACAACGCAACCAGCAGCGUGGGAGGAGCGGCACGCGGUGACGUCGGGGUUGCCGCCGGCGGCGCCAUCGCCACUGCCAUCGCGCGUUCCAACUACUCGGGAGGCGCCCUCCCCGUAGCUUCCUCCGCCACCGGCACAUCAUCCUCCGUCCGUGCCGUGAGCUGUGUCGCGCACGGCGACCGGGAAAGCUGGGACCAACAGCAGGAGCAGCAGCGUGAGCGGGCCCCUUCGCGGCCGGAGUGGAAUCCCAUGCGCCCGGGCUACGUGGAGCUGUCGGCCGCGGUGGCCUACCGGCGGGCAUGCCAAGCGGGGACGGUGGGGGAGGCCGCAGUCGACCUGCCGCGGUGCUGGGGCGUCGGGCUGUUGGGGUUCAAGCGCCCCCGGUGCCCCCGCCCGUUUUUUAAGUGCCCCGCUCUGGGCAGUGGGGGCCGCGGGUCAGUGCCCCCGUGGUCGGGUCGUGGUGGAGGCGACAAGCCCGUCAUGUGCAACACGGUGCUCCACGGCUCCGCGGCGCUCGUUCUCCAAUCCGCGAUCAAGGCCGCGCAACAAGCCGUCAAACGGUCCCUGCCGCGCCGCCGCCUUUUGCCCGGUGUGCCUUCACAAGGCCGGCUGGGAAGGCUGCAGGACCAGAAGGCGCUCAAGCUCGUUCAGCAAGAGCUGGAGGAGAGGUUGCGGCGGGCGGCUGCAGAGCGCAUGGCGGCUGCUCUGACGUUGGAGGGGGGAGGGGGCGGAGGGGGAAGUGGAGAAGCGGACGGCGCAGGGGCGCCCGGAGGGCGGCAGGCGCGCAGGGACUGGCGGUCGCUGACCAACGCUGAGAUCCUGGAGCACCUGCCGGAGCUCAUUCCCCCGUCGCGUAAGGUGGAGCAGGUCACCCUUGGUGAGGACCCCCAGGACGCUCACCCCUGGCAGGACGUGGAGGAAAUGCACGGCCAGUCCAGUCUGCGUGUGCGGCCUGGCCACAAGCUGAACGCGGGGGAGUUCAUCGGCUUGUACAGCGCGGAGGCUUGGCUCAAUCCUGACUGGCAGGCGGAGGCGCUGGCCGACCCGCUGCAGGAGUGGGACGACCCGGAGCACCCGUGUCCUUACGCCUUCUCGGCAGCUAGGAAACAUGACUUCGGCCGCUACGCGGCCGACUGCGCGCUGCCGGACUCGCUGCUGAAGCAACUGAACCACUUGGAUUUCGAUGACGAGAAACUUCGCUUGCGGCUGAAGGAAGAGCCGGAGAGCUGUGGGAAGGUGUUCGUGACGGCGGCUCGGCUCGGCUGCCUGGUGGCCGCCGCCAACGACCCGCGACGCAACCUGCGGGCCUUGUGCGAAGGGGAGGCUGAUUUCCGGCAGGGUGGUCCCAAUGCUGUGGUCGUGACGGCGGUGAUUAUGGGCAUUCUGCCGGUGCUGGUCAUGGUGGCGACCGCCGUCAUUGAUGGCCCGCAGCAUGUCAUGUACAGCUACGGCCACGCUUACUGGGAGCUCCACGAGGAGGAGCAGGCAGUGUGCCGCGAUAUGGAGGCUGUACGGCAGCAGGCACGCAAGGCGGUGCAGGCGUCCUACUCGCGGGAGGCCAAGUACCGGAAGCGGCGACACGAGCUCAAGGCGGACCUCAAGAAGCUGCGGGUCAAGUACAAGCGGCUUGAGGCGACAGAGGCGGAGGUGCGGGAGGAGUUGCAAAAGGCGCGGGAGCGGGAGGACGCCGCGGUGCAGGAGGCAGAGGCAGCGCGGUGGCGAGAGGCGGAGGUGCGGAAGGAAGUGGAGAAGGCUCGGCAAAGAGAGGCGGAGGCGGCGCGGCAGAGAGAGGCAACGUUACGUAAGGAGCUGGAGACAGCGUGGGCAGAGGUGGCAGCGGCGAGGCAGCGAGAGGAGGAGGAGCGGCGGCUGCGGAUGGAGGCGCAGGCGCAGCUGGACGGGCAGCAGUGGUGGGACGCGCAGGAAGAGCACCAGCAGUGGACAACAUCGCGGGAGGAGGCGCGGGAGGAGGGCGCGGAGCAGCACCACCCAGCGGAGGAGGAGGAGGUGGUACAAAAGCGGCGUGAGGAGGAGGCGGAGGAGUGGCAGCGGCGGCAACGGCGGCUGCUUGAGGCCGAAGAGAAGGAGACCGCGGCGCGGCAACGGGCGGCGGCAGAGCGGCAGUGGCUAGAGGCUGCCGAGGCAGGAUUGGAGGAGAUGUUGAGGUCCCACACCGUUGCACCGCCGCCGUCGCAGCAGUGCCCGGCGGGACCACCUCAACAGGGCUCCGGACACGUGGCGCAUUCUUCCCCGCAGCAGGGCCGUGCAAAGGCAACACCGCUGCCGCAGCAGCGACUGCAACGACCCGUCCUUCAGCAGCAGCAGCCGCACUGCGGGACGUUGCCGGAGGCUGCAGCGCCCUCACAUGCUACAAUGAUGGACGUGGCCGGUAGCCGGGCGGCAGCUGCGUCCAGCGCAGUAGCAGCGCCAGCGCCAGCACCAGCGCCAGCACCAGCACCAGCGCCGCCUUGCACCCCGCGGGGGAGGGGGGGUGAUGAGGGCGCUGAGGGAAGUGGGUUCCCGCCGGUGCCCAGCUCACCGCUGGGCAAGCGCACCCGACCGGAUGCCGUUGCACCAGCGGACGCGGAUCUGGGCUCGCCAACAGCAUGUCCGCGCACCGCAUUGGCACAGGGCCCGCCCUCUGGUCGGAGGUUCUCCCGGCUGAGUACCUCCAGGCGCAGGGGACAUGACCGCCUGUUGACGCCGGAGUCUGAGGGGGCCGGCAGGGGGGAUGAUGCUGGUGGGCGUGGCGACGGAACGCCACGUCAAGGGGCUCCGCCAUUGUCACAGCACCGCCCGGGAGACCCCAGCGCUGGUACGGGCGUGGGGCAGGCGCAUCGCUCUGGUUGUGGCGGCACCACUAACGGCGGUGGCGCCGGCAGCGGCGCCGCGGGGCGCCCUCACUCGGCGGCCGUUACCCAAACGCAGCAGCAGGAACAGCAUGGGCGCGAUCGGGUGCCCUGCAGGCAAUCAGUGCGCGCGCUGGAUGUGGUGGAGGAGCGAGCGUGUGCUGGACGGCAACCUCGUCACCAGGGUAUCGCCGCAGCCCAGCCGCCUGGAGGGGGACCACCAGCCGCCGCCGGCCCGCAGCUGAGGACGCAGCCGCUGCGUCCCACACAGGGUCACAUAGUGGUCGUAGAUUUGCGGGAGAUUAACUUCUCCAAAGGCACCUAG